AUGCGGGGGCCCGCGAGGACGGGGCGUGAGCCGCUGGGGCGGGCGCAGGGUGUCCCGCGCAGGCUCCGGCCGGGCUCCGGCGGGCGACCGUGGGCGCGGACCCGCCGCGGCGAGCAGCGCUUAGCGCUGUGGCCUCUGGCCUUGGCUGUGGGCGGACUGCAGGUGGCCGCCAGCUGCGUGUCUGCGACGGGACGCAUUGUAAUUUAUCCUGUUGUCAUCAUCCCAAGCAUUUUUGACAACCAUGGAGAAGAAUGCUCUUCAAAGCGUCAUGUUCAUAGACAUACCACCAUCAAAAGGAUGAGUGCUGGUUGUACUGGAGACAGUACUGUCGUCACUGAUAGUAGUGCCAUCUGCCUGAGUGCUGGUGUUGAUGCCAAGAAUGUGGUCACUAACAAUGCACAGAGUGUCAUAUUUGGAGUAUGUGUAACACUGGGUGUAGUAACUCUAAUCGCCUUAAUUUUUCAACUAGAAGAGAAAUCAUUUUUUGUUCACCAGUGUAGAAAUGGCUAUACUGUUCAAAAAGAUACAAGAACAUUCCACCAAAGGGCAGCAUACCUUGCAUGUAAUACAGCAGUAAAAAUCUCUGAGAGCAAAGAUAGUGAGAAUGCUGGAAUAUCUCAAGAAUGUGAAGUAUACAGCAAAUUAUUCACUUAUCCUAUUCAUCUUCAAAAACACCCUCACAGUGGAGAGAAACCCUAUGAAUGCAAACAGUGUAGUAAAACAUUCAGUUAUUGCAGUAAUCUUCGGAGACAUGAAAGAAUUCACAGUGGAAAGAAACCCUAUGAAUGUAAACUAUGCAGUAAAACAUUCAGUUAUGCCAGUUAUCUUUGGGCACAUGAAAGAACUCACAGUGGAGAGACACCCUAUGAAUGCAAACAGUGUAGUAAAACAUUCAGUUAUUGCAGUAAUCUUCGGAGACAUGAAAGAAUUCACAGUGGAGAGAAACCCUAUGAAUGUAAACUAUGCAGUAAAACAUUCAGUUAUGCCAGUUAUCUUUGGGCACAUGAAAGAACUCACAGUGGAGAGAAACCCUAUGAAUGCAAACAGUGUAGUAAAACAUUCAGUUAUUGCAGUAAUCUUCGGAGACAUGAAAGAAUUCACAGUGGAGAGAAACCCUAUGAAUGUAAACUAUGUAGUAAAACAUUCAGAUGUUCCAGUAAUCUUUGGGCACAUGAAAUUAUUCACAGUGGAGAGAAACCCUAUGAAUGUAAACUAUGCAGUAAAACAUUCAGUUAUGCCAGUUAUCUUUGGGCACAUGAAAGAACUCACAGUGGAGAGAAACCCUAUGAAUGCAAACAGUGUAGUAAAACAUUCAGUUAUUGCAGUAAUCUUCGGAGACAUGAAAGAAUUCACAGUGGAGAGAAACCCUGUGAAUGUAAACUAUGUAGUAAAACAUUCAGAUGUUCCAGUAAUCUUUGGGCACAUGAAAUUAUUCACAGUGGAGAGAAACCCUAUGAAUGUAAACUAUGCAGCAAAACAUUCAGUUAUGCCAGUUAUCUUUGGGCACAUGAAAGAACUCACAGUGGAGAGAAACCCUAUGAAUGCAAACAGUGUAGUAAAACAUUCAUUUAUUGCAGUAAUCUUCGGAGACAUGAAAGAAUUCACAGUGGAGAGAAACCCUAUGAAUGUAAACUAUGUAGUAAAACAUUCAGAUGUUCCAGUAAUCUUUGGGCACAUGAAAGAAUUCACAGUGGAGAGAAACCCUAUGAAUAUAAACUAUGCAGUAAAACAUUCAGUUAUGCCAGUUAUCUUUGGGCAAAUGAAAGAACUCACAGUGGAGAGAAACCCUAUGAAUGCAAACAGUGUAGUAAAACAUUCAGUGAUUCCAGUAAUCUUCGGAGACAUGAAAGAAUUCACAGUGGAGAGAAAACCUAUGAAUGUAAAGUAUGUAGUAAAACAUUCAGAUGUUCCAGUAGUCUUUGGGCACAUGAAAGAAUUCACAGUGGAGAGAAACCCUAUGAAUGUAAACAGUGUAGUAAAAUAUUCAGUGAUUCCAGUAGUCGUCGGAAACAUGAAAGAAUUCACAGUGGAGAGAAACCCUAUAAAUGUAAACAGUGUAGUAAAAUAUUCAGUGAUUCCAGUAGUCAUCGGAAACAUGAAAGAAUUCACAGUGGAGAGAAACCCUAUGAAUGUAAACAAUGUAGUAAAGCAUUCGGGCAUUCCAGUCAUCUUCGGAGACAUGAAAGAAUUCACAGGGGAGAGAAACCCUAUGAAUAUACACAAUGUAGUAAAACAUCCCAGCAGUCUGCUGGUCUUCAGAGACAUGAAAGAAUUCACAGUGAAGAGAAACCCUAUGAAUGCAAACAGUAAAACAUUCGGUGAUUCCAGUCGUCGUCAGAGACAUGAAAGAAUUCAUAGUGGAG